CCAGGUGAAACUAAUUAUAUAAGUAGCAUGUUUAGGGUGGUGGUGGCUAUAGUAUUUGGGCAAAGUGUAGAUUUUAUGUUAGUAGUGGGGCCUCCUUUUGGUAAUCUUCUUUUGAGAUAUGUCAUGGGCAAUGAAGGGGCUCCAUCUAAUUUUCAUUGCUUUGGUUCUUUGGAGAGAUACAAGUGGAUUCGGAGUGUGGAAUACAACCUCUGUUGUUGAUUGGCAAGCUGGACGUUCUAAUGCAGCAUGGAACCAAAAUUUUCACUUCGCUACGCCUGUUCAAGCUUUGGAGCUACUGUCCAGAAAAAGUGCAAAUGGAAAUGUUGACGGAGGAAAUUCUAGUAGUUUCAGUUAUACUUCAGAAGUCCAAACUGCUCAACAGGAUUCUAGUUUUGUUCAGUCUUCUGGUGGUGCUGCUCAAGGUAAACCUGUACUAAAUGCUCAAGGUCAAGCAACUCCCAUGGUUCAACCGCAGGACAACUUGAUGACUCAGUCCUCAAGGCUCUAUUGGUUUGAAUCUCUCAAGCCUGAAAACUGUGGCACUUUGCUCUCUCAAUCUUGGCCUCAAAAAGGUCAGAAUAACGGUGGAUUCCAAAGACCUUCCAGGUUCCAGUUUGGAGGCACUGCAAACCAGACAUCUGGAUCCCAGACCCAGUCAUCAUACCAGCCUAGCACCACAACACAGGUUCAGUCUAUUGCCCAGCCUGAGUCUUUCGGAGCUUCAGCUUCAUAUCCAAGUCAAACCUCUGGCAUGUACUCUGUUGUACAGGGUCCUCUGAUUGCAUCCUCUUCCCAAAUGCCUGGGUUCCACAUCCAGUCAUCAUACCAGCCUGGCACCACAACACAGGUUCAGACAGGCCAGUCUGCGUCUACAUCUCAGGCUCAGUCCUCUGGUGCGUCAACGUUGUAUCAAGGGAUUAGCUCUGGCAGGUAUCUGACUUCACUGGGUCAUAUAAUUCCAUCCUCCUCCCAGUCUGUGGUCACUACAAACAAGACAUCUGGAUCCCAGACCCAGUCAUCAUACCAGCCUGGCACCACAACACAGGUUCAGACAGGCCAGUCUGCUUCUACAUCUCAGGCUCAGUCCUCUGGUGCAUCAACAUUGUAUCCAGGGAUUAGGAGGAAUGUGACUUCUCUGGGUCAUGGCUUUCCAUACUCAACCCAGUCUGUGGUGACCGCAAACCAGACAUCUGGAUCCCAGACCCAGUCAUCAUACCAGCCUAGCACUACAACACUCCUUCAGACAGGCAGGCCUGUUCUUCCUCAGAGUCAGCCUUCGGGAGCUUCUGCUUCAUAUCCAAGUCAAACCUCUGGCGUGUACAAUAUUGCACAGCGUCCAUUGACUGCAACCCUUUCCGAAAUACCUGGGUUCCACAUCCAGUCAUCAUACCAGCCUGGCACUACAACACUGCUUCAGACAGGCCAGUCUGCUUCUACAUCUCAGGCUCAGUCCUCUGGUGCAUCAACAUUGUAUCCAGGGAUUAGGAGGAAUGUGACUUCUCUGGGUCAUGGCUUUCCAUACUCAACCCAGUCUGUGGUGACCGCAAACCAGACAUCUGGAUCCCAGACCCAGUCAUCAUACCAGCCUAGCACUACAACACUCCUUCAGACAGGCAGGCCUGUUCUUCCUCAGAGUCAGCCUUCGGGAGCUUCUGCUUCAUAUCCAAGUCAAACCUCUGGCGUGUACAAUAUUGCACAGCGUCCAUUGACUGCAACCCUUUCCGAAAUACCUGGGUUCCACAUCCAGUCAUCAUACCAGCCUGGCACUACAACACUGCUUCAGACAGGCCAGUCUGCUUCUACAUCUCAGGCUCAGUCCUCUGGUGCAUCAACAUUGUAUCAAGGAAUUAGGAGGAAUGUGACUUCUCUGGGUCAUGGCUUUCCAUACUCAACCCAGUCUGUGGUGACUGCAAACCAGACAUCUGGAUCCCAGACCCAGUCAUCAUACCAGCCUGGCACUACAACACUGCUUCAGACAGGCCAGUCUGCUCCUACAUCUCAGGCUCAGUCCUCUGGUGCAUCAACAUUGUAUCAAGGAAUUAGGAGGAAUGUGACUUCUCUGGGUCAUGGCUUUCCAUACUCAACCCAGUCUGUGGUGACUGCAAACCAGACAUCUGGAUCCCAGACCCAGUCAUCAUACCAGCCUGGCACCACAACACUGCUUCAGACAGGCCAGUCUGCUUCUACAUCUCAGGCUCUUGGCAGCCAUGGAGCUGCACCUUCAGGACAUGCUAAAUGGUACACCAUUGUACAAGGUCAGACAAUUCCAUCUUCUCAAGCGUCUGGAUCCCAGACCCAGUCAUCAUACCAGCCUAGCACUACAACACUGCUUCAGACAGGCCAGUCUGCGUCUACAUCUCAGGCUCAGUCCUCUGGCGCAUCAACGUUGUAUCAAGGGAUUAGCUCUGGCAGGUAUCUGACGUCACUGGGUCAUAUAAUUCCUUCCUCCUCCCAGUCUGUGGUCACUACAAACCAGACAUCUGGAUCCCAGACCCAGUCAUCAUACCAGCCUGGCACUACAACACUGCUUCAGACAGCCCAGUCUGCUCCUACAUCUCAGGCUCAGUCUUCUGGUGCAUCAACAUUGUAUCAAGGAAUUAGGAGGAAUGUGACUUCUCUGGGUCAUGGCUUUCCAUACUCAACCCAGUCUGUGGUGACUGCAAACCAGACAUCUGGAGCCCAGACCCAGUCAUCAUACCAGCCUGGCACCACAACACUGCUUCAGACAGGCCAGUCUGCUUCUACAUCUCAGGCUCUUGGCAGCCAUGGAGCUGCACCUUCAGGACAUGCUAAAUGGUACACCAUUGUACAAGGUCAGACAAUUCCAUCUUCUCAAGCCUCUGGAUCCCAGACCCAGUCAUCAUACCAGCCUAGCACUACAACACUGCUUCAGACAGGCCUGUCUGCUUCUACAUCUCAGGCUCAGUCCUCUGGUGCCUCAACAUUCUAUCAAGGGAUUAGCUCUGGCAGGUAUCUGACUUCACUGGGUCAGAGCAUUCCAUCCUCCUCCCACUCUGUGGUCACUACAAACAAAAUCUCUGGAUUGCAGGACCAGUCAUUUCAGCCUGACACCACAACAAAUGCUUUGGUGGGUCAGUCUGCUUCUACAUCUUUGGCUCACGGCAACUUUCAGGCUCCAAAUUGGCAUACGAUAACUCCUCCUAGAUUCCAUAAUUUGCUACGGAACGUGUCGGUUUCUCAAUCUCUGAGCUCUGAUCCCCAAACAAGAACAAUCAACAAUAUUUUGCCGUUUCUGAACCAAAGUGCUGGGACUUCUGCCAUGUCUCAGAAUAAUGUACAGACCCCAGCAUUUCACACAUCUACACACUUCUCACCUGUCCCACAAACUGUUGCCACUCCCCCAGUCUCUCUACCCAAGCCUUGCCGACAGACACAAUGCUCAAUGGUGGAGAGUGCAAUUGCCUCUAUAGCAUCCAGCCAAACCUCUCCUCGUGUUGCCACAUCAUCUCAAGGCACAGGCUCUUUUGCUGCUGUACCCAUUCCAGGUACCUCACAGAAUUUUGCAGGCAUUGAUUUCCAGGGUACAUUGCCAGUACAUGACCAGUACAGCUCGGUGUGUAACUUUCCAUUUGGUUUCUGCAAUUCUCCUCAAGGAGCUGCAAACAACAAAUUUGUUCGAAGCCAGAGUGUACAGACACACAACCUGUGAACCAAGAAUUCAUGGGACACUUUCUGGAAUCAGUGCCUCAUCAGCAUUCUGUGUUCCACAAAGCUUUUCCAAUACACCUGAAAUUGUGAGCUCAGCCACUUACAGCUCCCCCCCAUUUCCCAACACCAGGCCCUCCUGACAAUCUCAACUGUAAGAUUAACUACUGAGUGCUUUGAUCGCUGACUGAAUAUGCUCAUUUGUGGUGCUUUUUAUUGUUUGCCUGAAUUUUUGUUGCAAUAAAAGGAGAAUGCACAUUUUGA